CUGGUCUGAUCUGGUCUGGUCUGUGUCCAGGUGAUGGUGAGGGACCGGGACAAACCUCUGCUCAUCAUGCAGGGACACAGUGAAGGGGAACUCUGGGCGUUGGACGUUCACCCCAAAAAGCCUCUGGCCGUCACCGGCAGCGACGACCGCUCCGUCAGGCUGUGGAGUCUGGUGGACCACGCCCUCAUCGCUCGCUGCAACAUGGAGGAGGCGGUGCGGAGCGUGGCGUUCAGCGUGGACGGAUCCCAGCUGGCUCUGGGCAUGAAGGACGGCUCCUUCACCGUCCUCAGAGUCAGAGACAUGACGGAGGUCGUCCACAUCAAGGACAGGAAGGAGGUCAUCCACGAGAUGAAGUUCUCUCCGGAUGGAGCGUAUCUGGCCGUGGGCUCCAACGAUGGCCUGGUGGACGUCUACGCUGUGGCUCAGAGAUACAAGAAGGUCGGAGAAUGUUGUAAAUCCUCCAGCUUCAUCACACACCUGGACUGGUCCCUGGACGGAAAGAUCCUCCAGACCAACGACGGCGCCGGAGAACGGCUCUUCUACCGGAUGCCCCUGGGGAAGCCCCUGGUCUGUAAGGAGGAGGUCAAAGGUCAGCGCUGGGCGUCCUGGAGCGGCGUCCUGGGCCCCGAGGUCAUCGGCAUCUGGCCCAAAUACAGCAGCUCAACGGAGGUCAACGCCGUGGACGCCAACCAGGACGCCGCCGUCCUCGUCACCGGGGACGACCACGGCCUCGUCAAGCUCUACCGCUUCCCCUGUCUCCGGAAAGGAGCCAAGUUUAAAAAGUACAUCGGACACUCGGCCCAUGUGACCAACGUGCGCUGGUCACAUGACCUCCAGUGGGUGUUGACCACGGGCGGAGCCGACCACGCCCUCUUCCAGUGGAGGUUCCUGCCGGAGUCGGUCCUGAACGGAGGUCUGGAUGUAAACCUGCAAGACGCUCACGGAGACUCCAACAGCGAAGAGUCGGACAGCGACGUGUCCGACGUCCCGGAGCUCGACUCCGACAUUGAGCAGGAGACACAGAUUAACUACGACCGACAGGUGUAUAAGGAGGACCUGGCUCAGCUCCGGCAGCAGAGCCGAGAGAAGAAGCAGCAGGUGGGAUCAUUGAAGAGGCAGACGGGACCGGACCAGGGCCUCAGGCUGCACUUUGUCCACGGGUACCGUGGCUACGACUGCAGGAACAACCUGGUCUUCACUCAGGGGGGGGAGGUCCUGUUCCACGUGGCGGCGGUGGGCGUGGUCUACAACCGCCAGCUGCACAGCCAGCGCCUCUACCUGGGCCACGACGACGACAUCCUGAGCCUCAGCAUCCACCCCCUGAAGGACUACGCCGCCACGGCACAGGUGGGGAGGGACCCGUCCGUCCACGUGUGGGACGUCCAGACGCUGAAGUGUCUGUCUCUGCUCAGAGGGUUUCAUCACAGAGGAGUGUGUGCGCUGGACUUCUCAGCUGAUGGGAAGAGUCUGGUUUCAGUCGGAGUCGAUGACGAACAUUCAAUCGUGGUCUGGGACUGGAAGAGAGGAGAGAAACUAGCUACAGCCCGGGGUCAUAAGGAGAAGAUCUUCGUGGUGAGGUGUAAUCCCGUCCUCAUGGACAAACUAGUGACUGUGGGAAUCAAACACAUCAAGUUCUGGCAACACGCGGGAGGAGGUCUGACCUGCAGGCGCGGUGCGUUCAGGAGCGUGGGUCGUCCUGAGACCAUGAUGACGGCGUGUUACGGCCGCGGGGAGGAGCUGGUUUUCUCUGGAGCCGCUAACGGAGACGUUUACGUCUGGAAGGAAACUCUGCUCCUCAAAACUGUCAAGGCCCACGAUGGACCAGUGUUCUCCAUGUUCUCCCUGGACAAGGGUUUUGUGACGGGGGGGAAGGACGGAGUGGUGGAGCUGUGGGACGACAUGUUUGAACGCUGCCUGAAGACGUACGCCAUCAAGAGGACGUCCCUGUCCCCCAGCUCUAAAGGUCUCCUCCUGGAGGACAAUCCGUCCAUCAGAGCCGUGUCUCUGGGACAUGGUCACAUCUUAGUUGGAACCAGAAACGGGGAAAUUCUGGAGAUCGACAAAACCGGAUCCAUGACCCUGCUGGUCCAGGGUCACAUGGAGGGGGAGGUCUGGGGUCUCGCUGCUCACCCCCUCCUCCCGGUCUGCGCCACCGUUAGCGACGACAAAACCCUCCGACUGUGGGAGACGUCCACCAACCACCGCAUGGUGGCCGUCCGCAAACUGAAGAGAGGCGCUCGCUGCUGCUCCUUCUCCCCCGAUGGGAAGGCCCUGGCCGUGGGUCUGAGUGAUGGCGGCGUCCUGGUGGUGGACGGAGACACGUUGGAGGACCUGCUGAACUUCCACCAUCGCCACGACGCCAUCUCUGACAUCCGCUUCACCCCAGACUCGGGGAAAUUCUUGGCCGUGGCGUCACAUGACAGCUUCGUGGACAUCUACAACGUCCUGAGCAGCAAGAGGGUGGGGAUCUGUAAAGGAGCGUCCAGCUACAUCACUCACAUCGACUGGGACGCCCGAGGUAAACUGCUGCAGGUCAACACAGGAGCCAAAGAGCAACUUUUCUUCGAGGCCCCGAGAGGAAAAAGACAAACCAUCAGAAACCCUGAGCUGGACAGGGUGGACUGGUCCAGCUGGACGUGUGUCCUCGGUUCCAGCUGUGAGGGAAUAUGGCCGACGCACAGCGACAUCACCGAGGUCAACGCCACGUCUCUGACCAGAGACCGGACGCUGCUCGCCACCGGGGACGACUUCGGCUUCCUCAAGCUGUUCAGCUACCCCGUCAGAGGUCAGUACGCGCGGUUUAAACGCUACGUGGGCCACAGCGCUCAGGUGACCAACGUCCGCUGGACUCAGGAUGACUCCGCCCUGCUGACGGUGGGCGGGGCCGACACCGCCCUCAUGAUCUGGGCCAGAGAGAGAGGGGGCGGGGUCAGCGUGGAAGGGGAGGGGCCGUUAUUCUGUGAUGACCGGCCGCCGGUGGACAGCGAGGAGUCGGACGAUGACGUGGAGGAGGACGGAGGCUACGACAGCGACGUCUCUCGGGAGAAGGCGGUCGACUACACCGCUAAGAUUUUCGCUGUCAGCCUCAGAGAGACGAGAGGAACCAAACCUCACCAACAGCCGAGGGAAGCGUCCGUGGACGAGAGGGGAUCCAGGCCUCCAGUGAGUCGAGCGACGCCGCAGCCUGAGAAACUCCAGAAGAACAACGUGUCCAAGAAGAAGCGACUGGUGGAAGACCUGGUCUUGGAUCAUGUGUUUGGUUUCCGAGGCUUUGAUUGUCGUAACAACCUGCACUACCUCAACGACGGCACCGACAUCGUCUACCACACGGCCGCCGCCGCCAUCGUCCACAGCCUCAGCAACGGAACUCAGAGUUUCUACCUGGAGCACACAGACGACAUCCUCUGUCUGACCGUCAACCAGCAUCCAAAGUACAAAAACAUCAUCGCCACGGGACAGAUCGGUGACGUCGCUGAAGUCUCAGGCAGCACGCCGUCCAUCCACGUCUGGGACGCCAUGGGCAAACAGACCCUGUCCAUCCUCCGCUGUCCUCACCCGAAGGGCGUCGGCUACGUCAACUUCAGCGCCACCGGGAAACUGCUGCUGUCGGUCGGAGUGGAGCCUGAACACACCAUCACUGUGUGGAGGUGGCAGGAAGGAUCCAAGGUCUGCAGCCAGGCUGGGCACCCGGACCGGAUCUUCGUGGUGGAGUUUCGUCCGGACUCCGACUCCCAGUUCGUGUCGGUGGGAAUCAAACACGUGAAGUUCUGGACGUUAGCCGGCGGCGCGCUAAUGUACCAGAAGGGCGCGGUGAGGACGGUGGAGGACGGCAGGAUGCAGACGAUGCUCUCGGUCGCCUUCGGGGCCAACAACUUGACGUUCACGGGCGCCAUUAACGGGGACGUGUACGUGUGGAGGGACCACUUCCUGCUGAGGGUGGUGGCGAAGGCUCACACGGGGCCGGUGUUCAGCAUGUUCACCACGCUGAGGGACGGCCUCAUCGUCACCGGGGGCAAAGAGAGGCCGACGAAGGAGGGCGGCGCCGUGAAGCUCUGGGACCAGGAGAUGAAACGGUGCCGAGCCUUUCAGCUGGAGUCGGGGCGGCAGGUCGAGUGCGUCCGGUCGGUCUGCAGAGGCAACGGUAAGAUCCUGGUGGGCACGAAGGACGGCGAGAUCCUCGAGGUCGGAGAGAAGAACGCGGCGUCCAACCUGCUGCUGGAAAGUCACGGCCGCGGAGGAAUCUGGGGCCUGAGCGCUCACCCCGGGAAAGACGUCUGCAUCACGGCCGGCGACGACGCCACCGUCAGGCUGUGGGACCUCAGCGACAAGAAACUCAUGAACAAAGUUAGCGUCGGCCACGCCGCUUGCUGCGUUAGCUACAGCGCUGACGGAGAGAUGCUAGCAGUUGGGAUGAAGAACGGCGAGUUCCUCCUCUUCCUCACCAACUCGCUAAAGAUGUGGACGAAGAAACGAGAUCGAAGCGGCGCCAUCCAGGACAUCCGGUUCAGUCCAGACCGGCGGGUUCUGGCGGUCGGUUCCGUGGAGAACGUGGUCGACGUUUACGACGUGAGCGCAGGACCGAGUCUGAACCGGCUGGUUUACUGCAGCGACCUCCCGGCCUCCGUCCUACAGAUGGACUUCUCAGCUGACAGCCAACACAUCCAGGUCUCUACCGGAGCUUAUCAGCGGCGGGUGCUGGAGGUUCCUUCGGGGAAGCUGGUCUCAGACCAGACCACCAUCGACAGGAUCACCUGGGCCACGUGGACCAGUGUCCUGGGAGACGAGGUUCUGGGAGUUUGGCCUCGAAGCGCCGAUAAAGCCGACGUGAACUGCGCCUGCGUCUCUCACGUCGGCCUCAACGUCGUCACCGGCGACGACUUCGGUUUGGUCAAACUGUUCGACUUCCCCUGCACAGACAAGUUUGCCAAACACAAGCGCUACCUCGGACACUCUGCCCACGUCACCAACAUCCGCUUCUCCCACCAAGACAAAUACGUCAUCAGCACAGGACGGGACGACUGCAGUGUGUUUGUGUGGAGGUGUCUGUAACCACUGGGAUCUGAAGCGCCUUAACAGCACCACAAGUGGAUCCAGAGGGACUCGAACCCGCGACCACCAGGAAGCAGUUUACAGUUCUCCUACGGCGUCCUGCAGGGGUCAAACGGCCGAGGAGACGUUAGCAUCUGUUUAUCUACUCAUUUGUUUUUCAAGGUGUUUCUGUCUAAACUAAGUAGAAACUAAAACAUUCCCGUCGUUCUUCGGUUCGUUUGAAUCUGGAAACGAACUCGUUCAGUUUCCUUUGAGCUCCGAUCUUUAUAGUUUUAUUCUUUAAAGUCGAGGAAAGAGCUCAAAGGAAACGAGAGGAAAAACUCUGGAGGCGUCGAAAGAAUCUAAAGAAUUAAGGAGGAAACUAACUCCUGCUGUGACGGAUCCAGACUCAAGUGCCUUCCUGCGUUUCCUUCUUUCUUUCUGGUAUUUUUUUUUACUGCGUCUGGUGCUACACUCUGAAUGUUCAUCAACGAAGAAGAAGAAGAAGAAGAAGAAGAAGAAGAAACAUUUCUCUUUGCUGCUGCUUUUAUUUCCAAUCAUCCAAAGCAUGAUGACGUCCUGAUGUUGUCGAUGUUUUAACUGUGAAAAGAGUUUUUUUUGUUUGUUUGUGUCGAGAAGAAGAAAAAUAAUAAAGUUUACACUAAAAACCA